GAUUUUUUGAAGUAUUUGAUUCAUGAAUGAAAUUAAAAUAAAAUUUAAUUUUUUUUAAAAAAAUUAGUAUUAAGCUCUGGGUAGACCGUUGAUCUUGAAAAAUAAGAACACCGUGUUUGUUUAUCGUAUCUUCUCUGUAUAUCUUGAUGAAAUCGAAGCCGUCCAUCAAAACACUCCCCACACUGUAUACAGGCACCCGCCAAGAUCAUCCGAUAAAAAUUGACCACGAACGUGCCCUGGCCAAAGAUGGCCCGGUUGGCGUCCUUUGCCCAGGCGAGAGCGACUGAGGCGGUGGGCGGGAUCCCGGGAAUGAGCGAGCGAGAUACUCCCCGUUUCGACUCCUUCGUCCGGUUCGGGCCGUGAAGUAGACGCAAAAGAAGAGAAGACUAUGGAAGGCAUGGAGUCGAGGGACGACGAGGAGGCGGAGGCGGCGGCGAUGAGGACGAUGGGGUCGUACGGGGUGGCGGUGCGGGUGGUGGAGGAGGCGGCGGAGGAGAUCCUCCUGCUGUGGGCGAUCCAGCAGCCGGCGUCGCGGAGGCAGAACGAGUUCGUCCGCCACUCCUCCCUCUCCCUCCGCCUCGACGCCUGCGGCCAUCACCUCUCCAUCCUCCAAUCCCCUUCCUCCAUGAGCACACCUGGAGUGACGGGGGCGGUGAUGUGGGACAGUGGAGUAGUUCUUGGCAAGUUUCUGGAGCAUGCUGUGGAUUCCGGAAGGCUGGUACUCCAAGGCAAAAGAGUUGUUGAACUCGGCUCUGGCUGCGGCCUCGUCGGUUGUAUUGCUGCUCUUCUGGGUGCUGAUGUUAUACUUACCGAUCUUCCCGACCGACUGAGGCUCCUGAAGAAGAAUGUCGAAGACAAUGUAGAUGAAGGGAAUGCCCGCGGAUCAGCACGGGUCAGUGAGCUUACAUGGGGUGAUGAGCUGGAUGCUGAGUUCAUCGAGCCCUCCCCGCCGGAGUUUGUACUUGGAUCAGAUGUGAUCUACAGCGAAGGUGCAGUCAAAGAUCUACUGUUUACACUAAGGCAGCUUUCUGGCUGCCACACAACAAUUUUCCUGGCCGGAGAACUCCGCAACGAUGCUGUGCUUGAGUUCUUCUUGGAAAUUGCAAUGGAGGAGUUUCUAGUUGGUCAUGUCGAUCAAACACAAUGGCAUCCCGAUUACUGCAGUAACCGAGUAGCUCUUUUUGUUUUGGUGAAAAAAUCAUAGAGAAGAUUGCCAUCCUGUUUUCACUCAGAAUCUUUCUAGACAACUUCAGUUUGUUAUAUUUAUGUUCCAGUUUCAGUUGGGGGUGGAAGUGCAGUGAUCAGGAAUGGAACAGAGUCCUGGAGGAAAUUUAAAGAGCUAGAAGUUGGAUUGUUGUACCGUUGCAUUGUCUAUGAAUCAUUAUUUUUUGAAGCAUUUGUCAUGUUAGAAAGCCAUUCCCCCUGGUGCAGAUGCUCUAUUUAAGGGGCAGAUAAAGUGGAUUACAAUCAAGUGAGAGAAAUUUUUGUAUGUGAGAUUUAUGCUCAACUGGUAACAAUACAGACUAAUGUAAUGAUUAAGAAUUCCAGCAAUCAGUCUUAGUUGCAAUAUAAAGAAAAGUUCAGGGCUUUAAUAUGAU